UCGGAGCCCCCGCGGCCGCCGGCUCCGCUCCGCGGCCACGGCCGCUGCGCCCUCCGCCCACCGGGCGCCGCUCCGCGCUCGGCCCCAGGCUUCGCCGGCGCCCGGCAGCCCGCGGACGCCCUUCCCCAGUCAUGAACCCCCCAGAGGGGGCGGCGGAGGAAGGGGGAGCAGCCGACUCGGACGUGGACGCCUUUUUCCGGACAGGGUCUUUUCGGAAUGAUGGUUUGAAAGCUUCUGAUGUCCUUCCUAUCCUAAAGGAAAAAGUGGCCUUUGUGUCUGGGGGCCGUGACAAGCGAGGUGGACCCAUCUUGACCUUCCCUGCUCGCAGCAAUCAUGACAGAAUAAGACAGGAAGACCUGCGGAAACUUGUGACGUAUCUGGCUAGUGUGCCAAGUGAGGACGUUUGCAAACGUGGCUUCACCGUCAUCAUCGACAUGCGGGGCUCCAAGUGGGACCUCAUCAAGCCCCUCCUCAAAACACUGCAGGAAGCCUUUCCAGCUGAGAUCCAUGUGGCCCUCAUCAUCAAACCUGACAACUUCUGGCAGAAACAGAAGACCAAUUUUGGCAGCUCCAAAUUCAUCUUUGAGACGAGCAUGGUAUCCGUGGAAGGCCUUACAAAGCUGGUGGACCCUUCUCAGCUGACAGAGGAAUUUGAUGGCUCCUUGGAUUACAAUCACGAGGAGUGGAUCGAGCUGCGACUUUCCCUGGAGGAGUUCUUCAACAGUGCAGUGCACUUGCUCUCACGCCUUGAGGACCUACAGGAGAUGCUGGCCCGGAAAGAGUUCCCUGUGGAUGUGGAGGGCUCUCGGAGGCUCAUUGAUGAGCAUACACAGCUCAAGAAAAAGGUGCUGAAGGCCCCAGUGGAGGAGUUGGACCGAGAAGGGCAGCGGCUAUUGCAGUGCAUCCGUUGCAGCGAUGGCUUCUCAGGGCGCAACUGCAUCCCAGGCAGUGCCGACUUUCAGAGCUUGGUACCCAAGAUCACCAGCCUCCUAGACAAGUUGCACUCCACCCGGCAGCACUUGCACCAGAUGUGGCAUGUGCGCAAGCUCAAGCUGGACCAGUGCUUCCAGCUACGGCUCUUUGAGCAGGAUGCUGAGAAGAUGUUUGACUGGAUAAGCCACAACAAGGAGUUAUUUCUCCAGAGCCACACGGAGAUUGGAGUCAGCUACCAGCAUGCCCUUGACCUCCAAACGCAGCACAAUCACUUCGCCAUGAACUCCAUGAAUGCCUAUGUCAACAUCAACCGCAUCAUGUCUGUGGCUUCCCGCCUUUCAGAGGCCGGCCAUUAUGCUUCCCAGCAAAUUAAACAAAUCUCCACCCAGCUGGACCAGGAGUGGAAAAGCUUCGCAGCUGCCCUGGAUGAACGCAGCACCAUCCUGGCCAUGUCAGCUGUGUUCCAUCAAAAGGCUGAGCAGUUCUUGUCGGGAGUGGACGCCUGGUGCAAGAUGUGCAGCGAAGGUGGCCUGCCAUCUGAGAUGCAGGACCUGGAGUUAGCAAUCCACCACCACCAAACCUUGUAUGAGCAGGUGACCCAGGCCUACACGGAGGUCAGCCAAGAUGGCAAGGCACUAUUGGAUGUGCUGCAGCGCCCGCUGAGUCCUGGGAAUUCCGAAUCCCUCACUGCCACAGCCAACUACUCCAAGGCAGUGCACCAGGUGCUGGACGUGGUCCAUGAAGUGCUGCACCACCAGCGGCGGCUCGAGAGCAUUUGGCAGCACCGCAAGGUGCGGCUCCACCAGCGGCUCCAGCUCUGUGUCUUCCAGCAGGAUGUACAGCAGGUGUUGGAUUGGAUUGAAAACCAUGGUGAGGCCUUCCUCAGCAAACACACUGGGGUGGGGAAGUCGCUGCAUCGAGCCCGGGCCCUGCAGAAGAGGCAUGAUGACUUUGAAGAGGUGGCUCAGAAUACAUACACCAAUGCAGACAAGCUUCUAGAAGCAGCGGAGCAGUUGGCUCAGACUGGGGAAUGUGACCCGGAGGAGAUAUACAAGGCAGCUCGACACCUGGAGGUGCGCAUCCAAGACUUCGUGCGCAGAGUAGAGCAGCGGAAGCUUCUUCUGGACAUGUCUGUCUCCUUCCACACACACACCAAAGAGUUGUGGACAUGGAUGGAAGACCUACAGAAGGAGAUGCUGGAGGAUGUCUGUGCGGACUCUGUGGAUGCAGUCCAGGAACUGAUCAAGCAGUUCCAGCAACAGCAGACCGCCACCCUAGAUGCCACACUCAAUGUCAUCAAGGAAGGAGAAGACCUUAUUCAGCAGCUCAGGUCAGCGCCUCCCUCCCUGGGGGAGCCCAGCGAGGCCAGGGACUCGGCUGUGUCCAACAAUAAGACGCCACACAGUAGUUCCAUCAGCCAUAUUGAAUCAGUCCUGCAGCAGCUGGACGAUGCCCAGGUGCAGAUGGAGGAGUUGUUCCAUGAACGGAAGAUCAAGCUGGACAUCUUCCUGCAACUUCGCAUCUUUGAGCAGUAUACCAUUGAGGUAACAGCAGAACUAGAUGCCUGGAAUGAGGACUUGCUCCGGCAGAUGAAUGACUUCAACACAGAGGAUCUGACCCUAGCAGAGCAGCGGCUACAGCGCCAUACAGAACGGAAGCUAGCCAUGAACAAUAUGACCUUUGAGGUCAUCCAGCAGGGUCAGGAUCUGCACCAGUACAUCAUGGAGGUCCAAGCUUCAGGAAUUGAGUUAAUCUGUGAAAAAGACAUUGACCUGGCAGCCCAAGUACAAGAGCUACUAGAGUUUCUUCAUGAGAAGCAACAUGAAUUGGAGCUGAAUGCAGAGCAGACCCAUAAGCGGCUAGAACAGUGCCUCCAGCUGCGGCACCUCCAAGCUGAAGUUAAACAGGUUCUGGGAUGGAUCCGAAAUGGAGAGUCCAUGCUCAAUGCCAGCCUGGUCAAUGCCAGUUCUUUGUCUGAAGCAGAGCAGCUACAACGGGAGCACGAACAGUUCCAACUGGCCAUCGAGUCCCUCUUUCAUGCCACUUCCUUGCAGAAGACGCACCAGAGUGCCCUGCAGGUACAGCAGAAAGCGGAGGCGUUGCUCCAGGCUGGCCACUAUGACGCCGACGCCAUCCGGGAAUGUGCCGAGAAGGUGGCCCUCCACUGGCAGCAGCUCAUGUUAAAGAUGGAAGACCGGCUGAAACUGGUCAACGCCUCUGUGGCAUUCUACAAGACUUCUGAACAGGUGUGCAGUGUCCUGGAGAGCUUAGAGCAAGAAUAUCGGAGAGAUGAGGACUGGUGCGGUGGGCGAGACAAACUGGGGCCAGCAGCAGAGAUUGAUCACGUCAUUCCACUCAUCAGCAAACACUUGGAACAGAAAGAGGCCUUUCUUAAGGCCUGUACCCUGGCACGGCGGAACGCUGAAGUGUUUCUCAAGUACAUCCACAGGAACAAUGUCAGCAUGCCCAGUGUUGCCAGCCAUACUCGGGGACCUGAACAGCAAGUAAAAGCCAUCUUGAGCGAGCUCUUGCAGAGAGAGAAUCGUGUUUUGCACUUCUGGACCUUGAAGAAACGGCGGUUAGACCAAUGCCAGCAAUAUGUGGUGUUUGAACGCAGUGCUAAGCAGGCACUGGACUGGAUCCAAGAAACAGGAGAAUUUUACCUCUCAACACAUACCUCCACUGGAGAGACCACAGAAGAGACUCAGGAGCUGCUGAAAGAAUAUGGGGAGUUCAGAGUGCCUGCUAAGCAAACAAAGGAGAAGGUGAAGCUUCUAAUUCAGCUGGCUGAUAGCUUUGUAGAAAAAGGCCACAUUCAUGCCACGGAAAUAAGGAAAUGGGUGACCACAGUGGACAAGCACUACCGAGAUUUCUCCCUGAGGAUGGGGAAAUACCGGUACUCCCUGGAGAAAGCUCUGGGUGUCAACACAGAGGAUAACAAAGACCUGGAGCUGGACAUCAUACCAGCAAGCCUUUCAGAUCGUGAGGUCAAACUACGGGACGCCAACCACGAGGUUAAUGAAGAGAAGCGGAAGUCGGCCCGGAAGAAAGAAUUCAUUAUGGCUGAACUCCUCCAGACAGAGAAGGCUUAUGUAAGGGACUUACACGAGUGCCUGGAGACCUACCUGUGGGAAAUGACCAGUGGUGUGGAGGAGAUCCCCCCUGGGAUCCUUAAUAAAGAGCAUAUCAUCUUUGGCAACAUCCAGGAGAUCUACGAUUUUCAUAACAACAUCUUCCUCAAAGAGCUGGAGAAAUACGAGCAGCUGCCUGAGGAUGUGGGACACUGUUUUGUCACCUGGGCAGACAAAUUUCAGAUGUAUGUCACCUACUGUAAGAACAAGCCUGAUUCCAACCAGCUGAUCCUGGAGCAUGCAGGCACCUUCUUUGAUGAGAUUCAACAGCGGCAUGGGCUGGCCAACUCCAUCUCUUCCUACCUAAUUAAGCCAGUCCAGAGGAUCACCAAGUACCAACUGCUCCUGAAGGAACUUUUAACUUGCUGUGAAGAAGGGAAAGGGGAACUCAAGGAUGGCCUGGAGGUGAUGCUCAGUGUCCCCAAGAAAGCCAAUGAUGCCAUGCAUGUCAGCAUGCUGGAAGGGUUCGAUGAGAACUUGGAUGUUCAAGGGGAGUUGAUCCUCCAGGAUGCCUUUCAAGUAUGGGACCCGAAGUCACUGAUCCGGAAGGGGCGGGAAAGACACCUAUUCCUCUUUGAGAUUUCGCUAGUUUUUAGCAAGGAGAUCAAAGACUCUUCAGGACACACGAAAUAUGUUUACAAGAACAAGCUACUGACCUCAGAGCUGGGUGUGACCGAGCACGUAGAGGGCGACCCCUGCAAAUUCGCCUUGUGGUCUGGGCGCACCCCAUCCUCAGACAAUAAAACAGUGCUCAAAGCUUCCAACAUUGAAACCAAGCAGGAGUGGAUCAAGAACAUUCGAGAAGUGAUUCAAGAAAGGAUCAUUCACCUGAAAGGAGCUUUAAAGGAGCCAAUUCAGCUCCCCAAAACACCAGCCAAACUGAGGAACAAUAGUAAGAGGGAUGGAGUAGAGGAUGUUGACAGCCAAGGGGACGGGAGCAGCCAGCCAGAUACCAUCUCCAUUGCCUCUAGGACCUCCCAGAACACAGUGGACAGUGACAAGGAUGGCAACCUUGUUCCUCGGUGGCACCUGGGACCUGGAGAUCCUUUCUCCACUUACGUUUAGCGCGCAACCUGGGACUUGUCCCUGCAGCUCACCGGGUUAGCCGUGGCACCGUUGGGACCUCCCACCAGGACUCCAAUCACCCACUUCUCUUGAGACUGCUCUGGCAGGGCUGGUAUGGGGUGCAGCCUUUGCUCAGAGGGCAACCUGUUCCAAGCAAAAUCUGCCCACCUGGGCCUUGGGCUCACCCCGGGGCCUCCCUGCAUCUCUCCUGGGUGCAAUUUGAGGUUGCUGAGCUUCUCUCCAAAGUCUAAAAUGGUGGGGUAAUGGGGACUGUGACAGCCCCCAGGGCCCCAUGUACUUUACUCAGUUCCCAAUCUGAACACCAGGGACCCCCACACACACAUCCACCCUUGCUGCGCUGGAGGUCUGCAACACGCAUAAGUAGACAGGAUAGCUAGAAGGAGAUUUUCUCCAGAAUGAAUGUUUCUAUGAACAAUGCCCCCCCAAAAAAAAAUCCACAAAAAAAAAUCAUUCUACUCUAGCUUGCCUUUCCAAUUUCC